AUGGGAACUUUGGAAACAGCCCUCUGUGAGCUUGUCUCCAGUGGGGUGGGCUGGGCGUUUGUUUUCCAGGUUGCCCUGCUGGACAUAGAUAUCUGUGGGCCGUCGAUCCCUAAAAUGAUGGGUCUAGAAGGAGAACAGGUUCAUCAGAGUGGAUCUGGAUGGUCUCCAGUGUAUGUUGAAGAAAACUUAGGUGUCAUGUCCGUGGGGUUCUUGCUUAGUAGUCCCGAUGAUGCUGUCAUCUGGAGAGGACCCAAAAAAAAUGGGCUGAUCAAACAAUUUCUUCGUGACGUGGACUGGGGUGAAAUCGACUACCUGAUUGUAGAUACACCUCCAGGAACAUCAGAUGAACACUUAUCUGUUGUGCAGUAUCUCAGUGCAACGCAUAUAGAUGGGGCCGUUAUCAUCACUACCCCUCAGGAAGUAUCGCUUCAGGACGUUCGGAAGGAGAUCAACUUCUGCCACAAAGUGAAACUGCCGAUCAUAGGUGUUGUGGAAAACAUGAGCGGCUUUAUAUGUCCAAAGUGCAAGAAUGAAUCUCAGAUCUUUCCCCCGACUACUGGAGGUGCAGAGAAGAUGUGCCAGAACUUAAAUGUUUCCCUCCUGGGUAAAGUGCCUCUAGAUCCUCAAAUAGGAAAAAGUUGUGACAAAGGCCAGUCUUUCUUGUCUGAAGCACCUGAGUCUCCAGCUACGUUGUCUUACAGGAGUAUCAUUCAAAGGAUUCAGGAGUACUGUGAUCAACGCCAUUUUCAAGAAGAAAAGAUUAUCUAACCUACAAAUGGAAUAAAAAUGUAGUUCAUGUUUAAUUAUAGCAAAGUAACUUAUGCCUUGAUUUAAUAGAAGGAAUGUAUUCUUUUUAUACAUUGCAAAUAAAUUCUUAAUAUAAA